AUGGACCAUGGAGUCGCGUAUCAGCCCGAGGCGAUCUCGCCAACUCACGCAAAAGGACCUUCUGCAGGCCGACUGUCCAACCUCUUCUCAAAGUCGUUGCGCAAAGCGUCCUCCAGUCGUGAGCUGGCAUCGUCUGGUGGAUAUGGGCAUACUUGGCAAGGUGGGAGUACAGGAAGAGGGUUGGACGAUGGAGGCGUGCACUCCAGCCCUUCGCAGGCAACACACGAUUCUCUCAGCCCGAGACUGA